AUGAAAGUUGUGAAGGGGAAGAAUUUGAAACAACUUAAUGAGGAGCUGAGAGGGAUUGAAGGUGUAGCAACAGCUCUCGGAACCCAUAUGAGAACAGGGAUUCCUGAUGAUGAAAAGAAGAUCGAUAAACGACGUAAAAUAUUCGGCUCAAACACGUAUAAAAAGCCACGCCCAAAAGGUUUUUUGGUCUCCAUUUACCGAACUCUACGAGAAUUUGCCAUUUUAAAUGCUUUCAUGAACCUUCUUGCUGCCUUCAUCCUUUUCGUUGCUGCCUACAGCAUUGGUAGCUGCAUUCCCUCUUCAGCUUGCAAGUCCAAAGCGAUCAUCAGCGGAGACGAAAUAGAAGUUUUGAGAGGUGGAGAAAGCAAGAAGGUUUCGAAAUCCGAAAUCGUUGUGGGAGGUGUAGUUUGCUUAAAGAUCGGAGACAAACUUCCAGCAGACGGCUUGUUCUUACGAGAGAAUAAUCUGCAAUUAGUAGAGGAGGGGGAUAGUGAGAUCAGUGACAGUGCUGUUCAAGUAGUUAACGAGGUGAAUCCAUUUCUGUUUUCUGGAUCUCAAGUUGUUGAUGGUUAUGGUGGAUGCCAGAUGAUGGUCUCUUCCGUUGGCAUGAAGGAAUUUGUAGCAACUGCUUUUACCAUUGUGGUGGUUGUAAUCCCAGAAAGCUUGCGAUUAGGAGUGGCUCUUACCACUUUCUAUUCAAAGAAGAGAAUGAUGGCUGACAUGGAAAUGGUGAGUGACACUUCCGUCUCCGGUUGUGAGACAAUGGGAUCUGUCACCACCAUCCGUACCAGUAAAACAGGCAUUCUCACCAUGAACCGGAUGGUCAAAGAGUUUUAUCUCGGCGAGCACUCUGUUUUGGAAAAAGAGGCUUAUCUGACAAAUGCUUCUACUCAUGUUAAAAAUUUGUUGAAAGAGGGAAUCACUCUGAAUACUAGUCGUAGUACUCCAACUGAUAAAGCAAUUCUUUCAUGGGCAGUUCAUGUCUUGGAUACAGAUAUUGAAGUGAAAAGCAGGUGUCCGGUUCUUCGUCCUGAUCAUCGUGUUGAUGAGGCUCCUUUAAACAUUAAUUCGCAGAAGAAGAAACGAAGUGGGGUUUUGAUGAAGAGGGAGGUAGACAACACAGUCCAUGUUCAUUGGAAAGGAGAAGCAGAGGCGAUUUUAAAGAUGUGUUCUAACUACAACGACAUUUCAAUUUCUGGAAACCCCAUAAAUUUCAAUGAUGAACAAAAAGUUAAAUUCCGGCGCAUCGUUCAACAUACGACAGAGAGAAGCCUCCAGUGCAUCGCUUUUGCACACAAUCAAGUUGAACUGGUCGAUGGACGUCACCCACUGAAAGAAGAUGGUCUGGUACUAUUAGGGCUGGUUGGCAUCAAAGAUGUCAAGAUGUUGACCAGCGACAACAUUUCCUUAGCGGAAGACAUAGCCAGAGAGUGUGGAAUACUACUCGAUAUAGAUGAUCAGGAAGGAGCAGUAAUAACAGUCUCUGGGAACAUCUCAAAUGAUGUAUUUGCACUGUUGGAAGCUGAUGUAGGAAUCUCCAUGGGGAACAAAGCUGGCACCGAUGUCGUCAAGAAAGUCUCCAAUAUCGUAAUCUUGGAUGAUAAUUUUGUAUCAGUGGCCAGACUUCUGAAAUCGACAGCUUGUGCAGGUGAAAUCCCAUUGGACUCCAGCGACGUGCUGUGGCUGAACUUGAUUGUAAAUACAUUGGCUUCUCUGGCUCUUGCCACAGAGAGGCCCACCGAAGAACCCAUCAAGAGGCAACCUGUUGGUAGGAAAGAGCCACUCAUAUCCAACAUCAUGUUGAGGAACCUCUUGGGUCAAGUUGUGUAUCAGAUUUUGUCGUUUUGA